UUUUACGGUUAUUUGGUUAGAUUACGGUUGAUACAUUUGUCCAUUUCAUUGUUAGAAUCCAGCAAAGCACCUGCUGUGGCAUGGAGAACUCCUCUUCAUCCACCUACGAUGGUAAUGGUUAACGAAGCGCUGAAGGAGUUGGACUCUCGAAAAGGGGUCUCCUCGCAGGCCAUUCGCAGAUACAUAACAGGAAAUAUCCAUCUACCCGAAAAAAGGAUUCGAGGGCGGGGUAUUGGCGAGGACACCAAAUCGAAAGCAAACGGAGCACAUGGGAGGUUUCGGACAGCUGCAACCAACUAUCUACAUAUAAUCCAUGGAUGGCAGUUCCCGUUCAAAUCAGGACUGGCAGCCAUUGCUAGAGUACCCAUGAGUUACCACUCAAAUUUCCAGGUCAGGGGUAGGGUCAAUGAGCCCAAGCCAAAGGCAACUGAGAACACUGAUCCCAAUAUGGAGAAGGCUCCAAAGGCUGCCAAGGUUGGAGCCAAGAAGACUAAGGACAAAGAAGCCGAAGCUGAGAAGAAAAAGGCUACAGCCAAAAAGCAGAAGGAGAAACAUUCAGAGGCAAGAUGCGAAACUCAGGAAGUCCGAAAAAGCAUCUGCUUCAAUGGUGGCCCCUGCUCAGAAGCCCAAGUCGAAGAGACAAGGGGCAGAGGGACACUGAGGAUCAACCCACAAGACACAGAGAUACAAG